AUGGGUCAAGUUGCUAAGAUAGCGCACAACUACAUCACCCUCGCCAACAACCUGGUCGCAACGGAAGGAAUGGCAAUCGGGCUCAAAUACGGAAUCGACAAGAAAGCUCUCUUUAAGUGCAUCAGAGAGGGAACUGCGAAUUCUUGGGUGAUGGGACUCGAGCAGCCGGUCCCUGGUCUUGUUCCCGAGGCCCCGUCUAGCAACAAGUAUAAGAGAGCGUUUGCGCCGGCGCUCAGUGUGAAAGACCUUACUAUUGGUAUCGAGGCUGCGAAAAAGGUUGGCAUUGCGCCGACGGCGGGUGAAGCUGCUAUCAAGGCGUUUAGAGAGGUUGAUGCCGAUCCGAGGACGCAUGAUCUGGACCAUACUUCCCUUUGGCUACAUGUUUACGGUAAUCUAGAUGAAUGGGCACAGGAGAAUCUUUAA